UUUUUUUUUUAUUUUAUUCAAGUCUCUAAUAUUGUUUCUAUACAAUUAAUAAUUAUAAAUCAAUAACAAUAAUAUUAAGAUAGUUGUUUUGCAUAAUUUUUACGACAUUUUGAAUUGGAAUAUCGCCAGUGAGAUGAAAUACCAACGUGUCUUCAUACUUCGACAAUGAGCUGGCAAAUUCGUUGCAUCCAUUGUAGCGAUUAUUGCAACUGUAAUUUAAUAUUUUUUCUUAUAAAAAGUGAUCAAAAUAAUAUCAAAGCACCGUUAAAAUAUUGAAUGUCCAUAUUGUGAAUACUUUUGUUACAUUAACGUCAUAAAAUUAACACGUUCUUCAGUUUUCAAAAAAUUUAAAACAAAAGUAAUAAUAACAAUCACGUAUUUAAGCACUCCAAACAUUAAAAGUGUCAUAGACCUCUAUGAUUGCCACGGAUAUUGAGACAAACAAAAUUUUACUUAAUAUAGAAAUAUUAACAAAUUAUAGUGACGAUACUGAAAUUAUUGAUAGAAAUUUUAAUCAAGGGUAUCACGAAAAAAAUGCGCAACGAAAUUACUGCUGCUGUUCUAUUUUUAGUACAGCUGAUCGAAAAAAACGAAAAAUUUAGUCCUGACCAACUGGAUUGCUUUCGACGUCGUUUAAUCGAGCUCCUUACUGAACGAUUUAAAAAUCAUUGGUUUCCUGAUAAGCCCUUUAAGGGUCAAGGAUAUCGUUGUAUUCGUGUAAAUGGCCAUAGCCGUAAAGAUGAGACUCUGGAAAGUGCAGCCAAUGCUGCUGGUGUUAAAUAUGAAGAUUUGUCAUUACCUGUUGAAUUGACACUAUGGGUAGAUCCACAUGAAGUUUGUUGUCGUUUUGGAGAAAGCAAAGGUUCAUAUUGUACAUUGGCAUCAUUUGAAGAUGAAAAAAAUUCUGUUUUUCACGAUAGUACUGAUUCUUCGGAAAAGGAAAAUAAAUCUGACGAGAGAGCUAUAAAAAUACAGAAGAAUCCAUCAACGACUAAUAUAGAUCUACAACAAAAACCAAAGCCUUUGAGUUCUUCUAAUCAGAAUCAUCAACAAUCAAAUAAUGGAACAGGUAGACGCCGUCAUCUAAAUAGUCCUCGUCCUCACUUAUCCAGAAAUCGUUCAUGGUUUAACCAUUCAUUUAAUAUGGGUUAUGGUACUCAUCCAAUGAGUCAACCUUGGUACAACGUUAUGCCUCCUCAUCAUUUUCUCAGUGGUCCUUCUCCUCCACCUUUCAUUGGUCAUCGAGGAAACAAGUGGGUACAUCCUGCAUCAUAUCCAACUGGACCAUCUCGUUUCCAUCAUUGGUCUCCAAAAGCUGCUCUAAAGGUUUAAAUCACGUGAGAUAUUAUUUCUUUUAUACAACUUGUUAAAUUUAAAUUCAGAUAAAGAACCAAGAUCAUGUUUAUUUAAAUGAAAAAUAUAAUAAGGUCAAUCAAAUAAUUACUGAGCAGAAUUUGGGAUCAAUUAUCUUGUAUGAGUGACCACAUUCAAUUGACAAUUAUGACGUACGAUUUUUUCAUUACGAAACGUUUGCUUUAUUUCAUUAUUAUAUUAUACAAAAAUGAUUUUAUGAAAGUAUAAAAUAUUUGUUACAGUCCGAAUGCAACAUUGCUUGUCAAACAAUGAUUUUGUUAAAAAUUUAUAACCGUCAAUUAUAGCUGGUGACUCAAGAAAUAUUCUAUUUUAUAGGAAACUUUAUGAAGAAAAAAUAUAUUAAUAAUUGAUAAUUAAAAUUAAAUAUUAAUGAUGUAGGUAGUUUACUAAAUUAAUAAGCCAUUCUGGGGUAGAAAUCUGUUAUAUCUUAUUUGUUUACAGUUAAAAACAAAAAAUUAUUUAUUAAUCAAUAUUAUAGAUAGAAUGACAUCAAAUGUAUUGAUAUACGUGUAAUUCAAACAAAAAUUUUCAACUAACACGAAAUGACAAGAACGUAAUUAUCUACAUCUUUUUGUAUAUUAAUAUCGUGAAAAUUUAUUAAUGUUUAAGUGUGGAAAUCAAAUUGUUGUUGUGAUAACGUAACAAAAAUCUUAUCUUGAUAAACUGUCCUACUGACAUCAUAGGAUGUAAUUGAUAUAUCAGCUUAUUGAUUGUCGAAAAAACUAUAAAAAAAGUAACAUAAAAAAUUCAAUUUUUCCAACUAUUUAAAUAAGUAACUAGAAUGUUCUAGUCAAAAUUUAGUAAUGAAUUAGUGAGAUUUCUGUAUCAAAAUGAUAUAAUUUUGUCAAUUCAGUUAAAGGAUUUUUUUUUAUCUAUUUAUACUUAACAAAUUUAUUUAUUUUAAUUAAAUAAUUUUAGAAAUCUAUAUUUUUUGUUAUAAACUGUUAAUUAUUGUGAUACAGAAAUAUCUGGAUUAUUUUUGUAUUUAUGUACAUAGAUGGUACAUUUCUUUAAGAGAUGUAAAUAAUACAAGUGGCUUUUUUUAAUUGUGAUUUAAUGGAUUUUAUAAUUAAAUAUUUCGAAGGAUCCAAAUUGAAAUUAGAAUUUAUAAAUUAAUUUUUCUGCAUAGUGCAAUAUAAACCUAAGAAUUAACGAAUUUCAGAAUGAUAAUCGGGUCAUUGUAUAUUUAAUUUUUAUUGAGAUAAAAUUAUUCACACAAUUAUUACAUGAAUUAGUCAUCGAUAUCUUAAGUAUAUCCAAAUGUAAAUAAAUUGAUUUUUAAAAUUAUAAUUUUUGCUAACGAAAUUUAAUAAAAAAAUUUUUAUUCAUAAUAACUUUUCAAUCAAUGGUUGAUAUUAUAAUCUAAGAUAAUGUGCUGAUAAUGCCUUUGUAUAGGACAGUUUUAUUGACUUAAUGUCUAUUUUAUCAAUGAUGAAUUAAAAACGUUAACAAAAAGAUUAUAUUAUUGUUGGAUUAUUGAUCAAAAAAUAUAUAUUAAUGUAAGGAAGAAAAUAUAACAAAUAUAAUAACAAAGCAAGAUUGCAUUCGGAUAUUUGCUUUCAAUUUUAUUUAUAUAUUAUUAUACUAUAUUAUAUUAUUUGCAAAUGAAUAUAUAUAAAUAUUAUAGACUUAUAUGAUAAAAAGAUAUAAUAUGUAUAAUUUUUUGUGUGGGAUAAUGAGUUAUUUUGCUAAUAUCAAUUUAUACACAGACAUGGAACAAUUAUAUUCAUUUAGAAUAACACAUGCAUUUUUUUGUAGUAUUUGAUUAUUAUUGAUAUGAUCUUUUAUACAGUCAAAAAAUCUAAUCAAUCACAAAUUAUUAAAUUGAAUUAUUAUUUUUUUUUUUAUUUUUGAGAAUUAUUUAGUCUUUAAGGCAAAAAUUAUUGUCAGAUAAAAUAUAUUUACAUCUGACUAUUAUUAAAUGUCAUAAAUGUGUAUCGUAUACGAUCAAACAGCACAAUGAUUGUGACAUUGAUUAGUUGUGCAAUUUUAGAAAAAAAAAUAUAAAGAUUGUUUUAUGCAAAUUUCACUCAAUUAUUAUACGAAAGAUUAGUAUGGUUAAUUUCGUUCAUGGUUAUAUUUUUGGAGUUAUUACUCAGUAGCUUAUCACAAAUACUUAUUGUCUCUUAUAUGUCCAAUGAUUCAAUUUAAACAUAUUAUUUUAUUCGUAUAUUUUCAUAAAUUUUAUUGGAUUAUUUAAAUAUGUUGAAUUUAUUACAAUGUUGGUGCACAUAUAAUAUAUAUAUCGUGUAUUGUGGAGGAUUUAUUAACUUUACUCUUUACUGUUUUAAUGAAUAAAUUGUUGUUUAUUCGCAAUAUAUUAUCUAACAUGAAAAAUAAUCUGAAUUUAUUAGUAUCGAUUUAAUCAACGAAAUAAUGAAUUUUCUACUGAUAAACAUUCAAUGACGAAUAACUUAAGGUAUCAUUAAAAUAAGCUGCAUUUUUAAAAUUGUUUAUUAUAUAUCUUCUUUAGUAAAAUUCAUAAAAAAAAAUAACUGAUAAGUUUCAUGGAAUUGUGAACUUACAAAUUGAUAUAAUUUAGAAAUUUGUAUGAAUUUAUAAGACGAAAUAUUAAUAUUCAAUUCAAAAUAUGUUAUAAUCAUUGUUGUUACUACUACUUUAACUGCAAUAAGAAUUUAUUAAAUGAUUACCACUGUAUACACAA